AUGACGAAACUGUAUGCAUUUUACUUCCUUGUGGUGGGUGCUACAAUUUGGGCAUCUUCAUGGGCAGGUCAUUCAAAUUCACUGAGAAAAAUAAAGUUAUCUUCUUCUGGUUUUGUGGUGGGUUUUACAGCAGUAUGGCAAUUGGCUUUGAUCACGCUUGCAGUGGUUCCUCUCAUUGCUGUGAUUGGAGCAAUCCAUACCACCACAUUAGCCAAGCUCUCCGUUGAAAGACAAUCUCAAGGGGAAAAUAUUGUAGAACAUAUGAUGGUUCAAAUUCGGGUUGUUAUGGCUUUUGUUGGCGAGUCAAGAGCAUUACACGUCUACUCUUCGGCGUUGAAGGUUGCUCAAAAGCUCGGUUACAAAACCGGAUUCGCAAAGGGAAUGGGAUUGGGGGCGACUUACUUUGUUGUUAUGCUCUUCUCUUUUGGUACGAAGUUCGAAAGAGAAGAGAUGGCGUCGAACGGUGCCAUGGAAGGAACUCCAUUGCCCAUCUUCUGUCAGUUGGUGGAGGUUUCGAGAAGGACUAACAAGAGAUGGUUUGAACCGGGGGGAGCGGCGGAGAAGAUGUUAUCACGUUGCCGAGGGACUCCUUGGAGAAUACCCAGGGAGAUUGCGUCCCAGCGUUUAUCGCCAUUUAUUUAUUCAAGGAAGCAAUUUUCGACCUCUGCUGGGGAAAAUGGUAAUUCGAAACCUGAAUCAAAGAGUGGGGUUUCAAAUUUUGCCCUUGGAGUUGGAACUGCUGUUAUUAGUGGUGCUAUUUUGAUUGCUUACCAAGCUGGAUACUUCGAGAAAUAUGGAAAAGGCCCCAAGGUUUCUGUUGAUUCGACAAAUAUUGGUUUUGAUGGGAAAAAUGAAAAGGAUAUCCAGGUUGUUUCUUCUCGUAAUGAAGAAUUGCCUCCUUAUGUGGACUUGCCUGAGCAAAAAGUUGCAACUAAUAUCGAUCUUCCUCCUCAGCCCGAAACUUUGAGUGAAACCCAAGGUGAAAACCAGUCGGAUGUGGAAGAUAAAGAAUCUAAAAAGGUUGAGUCUGAACCUGCAACGGUACCAAACAAGGAAAUCCAAAAUAUUCCAUUGGAUACCCAAUCAAGUGAAUCCAUUGGAAAGAAGGAGACCAAAACUGCACCAUCUCCUACUACAGCAGCUGGGCUGCAGGAUGAACCAAGUAAAGGUGCAGAAGCCCAUGAUUUAGGCCCUGGAGAAAGCCAACUAAAAUCUGUUCCAUCUCUACCUCCCACUGCAGAGGAUAAAUUCAGUAAAGAUAGAGAAACUCCAAGUUCUCUUCUUGAAACCUAUCACCUUAGUGAAGAGGCAGAUGAAAGCUAUUUGGCUUCUCUAAAUAGAAAAUAUGAGCGUCUUUCUAAAGAAACAGAGGCUUUUGGUACAUCAGUUGAGGAACUGGAUGAUGGAUAUUUGUCAAAGGAUGGAAAAUUAGUUCUUGAUUUCUUGCAAGCCAUUCAUGCUGCUGAAAAGCGGCAAGCUGAGCUGGAUGCACAUGCUUUUGCUGAGGAGAAGAGAGCAUUGAAGGAGAUGUAUGAAAAGGAAUUAAGGGAUUCAAGAGCCAGGGAACUAAUGCGUACAGAAGAGGCAGCUAUAUUGGAUAAGGAAUUACAGAGAGAAAGAACAAAAGCAGCAGCUUCUAUAAAAUCCCUUCAAGAAAAAAUGGAAGAGAAAAUUAGGAUUGAACUUGAAGAGAAGGAAAGAGAAGCUGAAAUGAAGUUGGAGAAAACUCUGGAGCUAGGGAAAGCAGAAGUGAUUGCAGCGAUUGCAAAUGAGAAAGCAGCACAGAUUGAGAAAAUGGCGGAAGCAAAUCUUCACAUACAUGCUUUAUGUAUGGCAUUUUAUGCACGAUCUGAAGAGGCACACAAGAGUCAUUCUAUUCACAAGCUCACUUUGGGAGCGCUUGCGCUAGAAGAAGCCCUCGCUAAAGGAUUACCAAUCCAGAAAGAAAUAGAUGCUCUACACAACUACCUUGAAGGCAUUGAGAAGGACUCAGUAUUAGGUUUGGUCCUUUCAUCUCUUCCUGAAGAAACUCGGUAUUGUGGAACAGACACUCUACUGGAGUUGAAUCAAAAGUUUAAUGCCUUGAAAGGUAGCCUGAGGCACUACAGCCUCAUUCCACCAGGGGGUGGUGGUAUCUUGACGCAUUCUUUGGCACAUAUUGCAUCCUGGUUAAAGGUGAAAGAAGUUGGUGAAUCUGGUGAAGGAAUCGAGUCAAUAAUCAAUAGAGUUGAAAAUUACCUGGCUGAAGGAAAACUAGCUGAAGCUGCUGGAACACUUGAACAAGGUGUCAAAGGUAGCCAAGCGGAGGAGAUCAUUGGUGAUUGGGUGAAACGAGCAAGGAAUAGGGCCAUCACCGAGCAAGCAUUAACAGUACUUCAAUCGUAUGCUACUUGCAUCAGUCUUACCUGAUCUCCAAGUAUUCAUCUCAAACAGUGCCUCAGACCCCAGGUAGGGAACUUACAAACCUCAUUGAACUAGUCAACAUAACAGCAACCAAAUUUGUGUUUUUGCUUCUGGGAAACCUAUAUCCCCAUUCAUUGUUUUUGGUCUUUAAACUGUGUAGAUCGUCCAUGAUCUUCCAAAUAAAAAUUUUGUUUUUAGUGAAAAGUUU